AGAUCAGAGCAAGGAGAAAGUAAUUUAAACUAACCAUAUUUCUGAUAUAUAAAUAAGGCGGGGAAACUACUAUUCAUUUAAUUAACUUUGAGCACUUUACGUGGCGCUUUCUACGAAGGAACCGAAAUUUUAGCUAGUCGACAUUCCAGUGUUGCUUACGGCCUAAUUCUUUCAUAGCCUGUUGAAAGCAUCAUAAAUAUUCUAACCUGAAGCUGAAACGUUAUUCUGAAGGUUCCGCAGUUAAGGUUAAAAUAUUGGUACAUUGUAAAGGUUUUUAUACAUGUUAAAUUCCGUAAAGCUGACAAUAUUUAACCUUAUCGAUGCUUUUAAUGGAAUAUACCGUGACUUAUUUCUAUAUAUUUCUAUCAAAAUAAAAUAAGACUGAAAGAUAAAGAUAGAGAAAAGAAUAGGUGAAGUGACAUCGUAAGAAACAUCGUAAGAAAAGAAACAUAAAUUCGUGAGAGUGUCUGCAAGAUUUAGAAAAACUAUACGAAAACUCGAUUAUUAUAUUAUGGCUUUAUAUAAUUAGGUAAUUUGAUAUAUAAAGAAUUUGGAAGAAUUUGGAAUUUGGAAUCAUUCUUCACAAUAAGUUAAUAAUGGCAUUACCAACAACGACAUCAAAUAAUAAUUUAAUAAAAUUAUCGUGGGAGCCACAUCGACUUUCACAUUCUAAGCCAUCGUUUGACAGUCAUGAGAUGAACCUUGCGAGUCGUAAAGAUUUGUGGCACAAAUUUAUCAUCUUUAAUGGUGCUUUACAUAGUCGGACUGAUGUCAUACGUGCUGUAGUAACUGCUUGUGAAUCAGAAUUUCUAAUACCAAUUAUGUAUACCAUCGAAGAUAAACACAAGAGUACAUUCCUAGCAAAAUGCAGUGCUACUACCAUUGAAAAUAUAGUGAAGCAAGGACUAUGUAUAACAUUGCCAGGUGGUCAAGAAUUGUACAUGGACAUUGUGUUGGGAUUUUUCAGUGUACACAAACUACAACUAAAUACAAAUAGAGUCAUUGCGCAAGCUCUACAUGAUAGAUAUGAACCGAUAAAAAAAGUAUUCAAUCUUGAUGAUUUCGAGAAUGAGAAGGCACUAGGUUCGAUAUUUUGCCCGAUCUCUAUACCAAAGAUCCUACAUUUUAUUCUGCUUUGUAGCAAAAUGGGAAUUAUGGGUAACAAUCGAGAGUCCAGAUUGCCUGUGCGUGAAUUAAGCCUGAAGAACAAUAAGAUUACAGCUAUCAUACUAUUUGACAAGUUCUUCAGUUACCAUUUGACUAAACUAGAUCUGAGGCAUAAUCAGAUUAUGGACGUAGAGUAUUUGCGUUAUUUCUGCGAAUUUAAAAUAAGCGAACUUUGGUUGGAUGGGAAUCCACUUUGCACAAAAUAUACAAGCUCCCAGGAAUAUGUACAUGCUGUGAAAAAUGUUUUUCCGCAUCUACAGAAGCUAGAUGGAAUUGUCAUAGGAAUGGAAACGAAAUUCGUACCCUGUAUACAGAGUAAUUAUCUCGGCAGUGGAACAAAAAUUUCCUUGAUUAAGCAAUUUGUCAGACAUUUCUUUACGUUAUAUGAUCAAGACGAUAGAAUAGUUAUGAAUGGUUUGUAUGACAAGAAUGCGGUAUAUUCCAUGACAUUAGGUACCACAACAAAUCACACAUAUAAGGAAAUCAUUAAAACAUUCUCUACAAACAGAAAUUUGUUGAAAUUCGUGGAUUAUGCCAAAUGUCAUGAGUUCCUGUUAUGGGGACCUGAAAAGAUAAUCACCGCACUUCAACGACAGCCACCAACGUUACACAACUUUAAGACUUUUUAUAUCGAUUUGUUAAACGAAGGAGACAAUCACAUAGCUAUUUCGGUACAGGGAUUAUUUUCAUAUCGGACGUUACCCUGUUCACCCAUGUUAUUCAAUCGGACUUUCAUUAUCAUACGAAAGGAAGACAAUGAAUAUUGUAUCACUAAUGACCAAUAUUAUAUCGACGGUACGCCUGCUAAUAACAGCGAUGUAAAAUAUGAAUUUAAAUCUGCUCCUAAAUUUUCUCCAACAGUACUUAGUGUGUCUGAGAAGGAGCAACUACUUAGAUUUUUACGCGAACUUACUACAAUGAAUAUUAGAUACUGCUAUAAAUACCUUCAGGAUGCGGAAUGGGAUAUAAGAAACGCCAUUUCUAUGUUUAUGAAAAACUAUGCGGUCAAUAAUGUAACUCCUGAAGCUUUUCAAUAAAUUUAUAUUAUAAAUUUCUGUGUUUUUCCUAGAAAAUAGAGUUUU